UGAAUCAUCAUGGUGGCUCCCAUGAGUGCUUCAUGUUUGUUUCUAUUUGUAAGUAAAUGUUUUAUUUGAGCUUUAAUGUCCGGUACAGCAAAUAACGUCUGUAAAACGGGAGACAGUUGGCAGUUCAGUAAAACUAUGGAGGAGCUGGUUCAUGAUCUAGUCUCGGCCCUGGAAGAAAGCUCGGAACAGGCCCGUGGAGGCUAUGUGGAUAUUGAAGACCAUUCCGUCACGAUGGGGUGCCUCCUGAAACGGCAGGCCAGGAAGCGGAGGGGAAGAAAGAGACGGUCAGACAAUGCUCACCAUCCCUGGGAGCCCUGCCACUACCUGAGUGAGGGCUCAGAGUCCAGUCUGGAAGAGCAAAACAAGGACUACAGAGACAACCACAGCAGCAAUUACAAAGACAACAGCGACUCGGAUGAGCAACUUUUGGUUGCCAAGCGGCGGCCCUCCUCAGCCCUGACCGCUGUCAGAGGCAAGAGACCCCUGUGGCACGAGGACUUGGCUUCCGAAAACAGUAGAUCUCUUCGCAGGAGGAGGAAGGUGAAACGCAUGGCAAUUGAUCUGCCAACAGAGGUCACUGGUGCUCUGGCACUGACCCAGCAACAGGGCAGCAGCAGAGACCAAAUAAUGAACUCUGAAUGCAAGCCACAGCAGGAGAUCACCAAGAGCAAAGUCAAAAAGAGAAAGCUGACUUCAACAAGGCAAGGGGCAGAGGUCCUAGACGAGGGGGUGGUGGUGGAAACUGAGGAAUUGAGUCAAACAAAUAAAGACAAAAUGGAGUACGAGGAACGCAAGGACUCAGAUGAGAAUAUGAGUGACAGUGAAACUAGCAGCAUCAGCAACAGUAGUGAUGGUGGGUUGUAUACCAAUGAUGAAGGAAGACAAGGUGACGAUGAGCAGAGUGACUGGUUCUUCGAGGGCGAGUCUGGAGGGGCCUGCGGCAUCGCUGGGGUCAUCCCCUGGUGGGAAAAAGAGGACUCCUCAGAGCUGGAGAAAGAGCUGUCUAAUCCGGUCUUCAAGAGCAUCCUAACUGGCUCCUUCCCCCUUAUGUCAGAGUCAGCCCAAAGAGGUUUUCAAGCUAGACUGGGUCGCCUGCAUGGGAUGCCAUCCAGGAUGGACAAAAAUGCACUGCAGCCAUCUGCUGGAAAGAUUAGCACUUCUGGGCCUGGCAGUAAUGAGAGACUGCCCCAGUUCUCCCAGGACCCCCAUCAUCACGACUGCUGGUUCAACCCCGGAGGAAGGAAGGAUCAUAAUCAGCUUUUGUGGGAUGCUCGGGCUGACAGAGGUCAUAGGAAGAGCUGCUCAUUAACAACUGGAAUCAGACAAACAAGUGUACACUUAGGAUCGCUCUGCACCGGAGACGUCAAGCGGAGACGCAAGGCUGCACCUAUUGCUGGACCAAUGACAACAGGGUUUGUAGGUGAAAAUGCGCAGCCAAUCCCCGAGAACAACAUCGGCAACAGGAUGCUGCAGAGUAUGGGCUGGUCUCCUGGUAUGGGGCUGGGACCAGAUGGUACUGGAAUAUCAGAACCAAUUGGAGCACUGCAGAGACCAAAAGGGGCAGGACUUGGCUUUAGCUGACUACAGACCACUUUAGUUACCUCCCUCAGUAAACCCUGUCGAUCAUGAAAACAAGACAAAUACUUGCAAUGUCAUCUUGGACCAGUUGUUUGACGAAUAUGGGAUUCAUACACCAGCUCAUUUUGAUAGUGGUAAAAUGGAGAGAGAUGUUUUCAGUUUGUUGUGUUACAACCUGAAAUCUUGAUGCAUUUAAAUUGAUUUUUUUUUCCUUUGAU